AUGUGGUUUAAAAUCUCCUUGUUAGUGUGUUGUACUGGGAGAAUUAGUGGAGUGCUGUACCCCAUUAGGAACAAUUACCGGGCCGCCCUUGGCUUCACGCCGCCCGAAAACGAAGUGACUUUCCACUUGUACCACAGUAGCGACUUAUCAAAGGAUGACCAGCUUUUUAUUGGUGAUCUCGGCUCGAUCGAGAGCUCGCGGUUUAAUCCGGAUUUGCCUACGAAGAUCAUCAUACAUGGGUGGACCCACGGGAAGGACGUGCCGUGGAUGGUGGAAAUGAGGGAAGUUAUGGCGCGGACGAAUUUGUGGAACAUCGUAAUAGUGGAUUGGGCGCCCUUAUCUCAUGCCAUCUACACCGAAGCCCGCAUCCACACCGGCGUCGUCGGCAGACAGCUAACCCGUUUCUGCAUGUUCCUCGCAAAAUCAACCGGCAUCAACAUGUCGUCGGUUCACAUGAUAGGCCACAGCAUGGGAGCGCAAAUCGCCGCGUUCGCAGGACACAGGCUCCAGUACGACAUGAAUCAGACAAUCGACAGGAUAUCGGGGCUGGAUCCUGCGGCUCCGUUGUACGAAUGGCCGCACAUAGAGUCCCUGGAUGAGAUCCUUGAUCCGGGCGACGCGGCGUUCGUCGACGUUAUACACACGAACGGAAGACAUCUGGGGAUUAUUUUUCCGUCGGGACAUGUAGAUUACUAUCCGAACGGCGGACAGCAUCAGCCGGGGUGCGGAUUUUGGGUUUGCAGCCACUUGCGGUCAUGCGAUUUCUGGACUGCUUCCGUAAAGAAACCCGAUUUAUUCAAAGCAUACCCGUUCCAAGCCUGGGAUGAAUAUUUAGCAGGAAACACAAAUGGACUGAUCUCAGUGCCAAUGGGAAUUGCAGCCAAUUCGAACAUUCCUUACGGCGCGUAUUUUUUGCAAACCACCGACGAGGAGCGGCUCUUUCUCAACACCACGACCACGAUAUUCGACAGCUUCCCCAACAGAAAACGACGUCACAAACAAGACCACUUGUAA